AUGACGACCAUCGCAGAACAUGCUCAAACCUGCCGAGAGCUCUUCCACCAGGCAUGCGAGCUCGGGACAGAGAGAGCCCUUCGAGACCGUUAUGCCACAUUCAACAUCUGGGCAUCCAACAUCGGCGUCUUCGCGACGCACCAUCAUGCCUCGCUGGAAUUCCGCCUCCGCGAUUUUCCAGAGGGGAGGGAUUUGGUCACGCAACACUUGAUGCUCAUUGCAGAGAGCCUUCAGCAGCUUUAUCCCCUGCUCUCGGCCGUGGACUCAACAAACGGAAUAGACUCCAGCAUCAAGCUUGAAAGCCAAACUGAUGAGCUCCUUCUUAGCAUCAUGGACAAUCUGAACUGGCUGCGUCGACUGUCCAAUACCAUACGGAAAGCAGGACUGAAGAAUUCAAUUCUGCAGGCGCGAAACUUCCCUUUGGUAGACGAGCUGGGAAACGACAGUACGGCUAUUGUUCGGACCCUCUUCUCUUUCUACAUCAAACGAGAUUUUCCUAACCUCUCAGAGAUGCUUUAUAACCGCCUUGUAUCUGCCAUGGUACUGCAAAGGCGUCUGAUUCUAUAUCGCAGGUCACGGCUUAAGAAGCUAGAGCUAUGCCACGUACCAUUCACCCCAGCCCCUCUCCGGGAACUGCCUCUUCCCACGACCAAUCAACCAACUGUAUCCCCCGCAGUUUCUAGUCAGCUAGCUCAAGAGAUUCGUCCAGAAACAACUAUAUCACGUUAUACUGCCACGAGCUUGGACGUUGACCGGUUCCGUACGGCCGCCGCAGUGCCCUCCCGGAUCUCCAUGCUGAGGGCAGCACCAUGGAGUACUCAUGAAAGAUUCCUCAUCCCACCCGCACCAAAAGCACAGGGCUCUGAGUCAGAUGUCGUCUGCCCCUACUGCUGCAUGAUGCUUCAGGCAGAACUAGCAUCCGACCCAGAUAGAUGGGCAGAACAUGUAAAAGGGGAUUUGUCAUAUCCUUGUCUCUUUGACGACUGCACUGACAUCACUCUUUUUAACUCAAGCGAGGAUUGGAUAAAGCACAUGAACUCGCAGCAUAUGACGCGCUGGCGCUGCGUCUCGCGGGACCACCAAGUUAUGACAUUUGAUAAGCAAACCGACUUUGAGAGGCAUAUCACCGAUUAUCACCCCGGCAGAUUCAUAGACGAUAAACUUAAGAUCUACGCCGAUAGUGCUGCACAUCCAGUUGGCCCGAUAUUCGAAGCAUGUCCCUUCUGUGGCGCGGAGUCGGGGGACUUGGAGAAGCAUGUUGCUCUUCAUCUUCGAAGUAUCGCGCUUCGUUCCUUACCGUGGCCAAUUGACGCCGAUCCCGACGCAGGAGCUGCCACACAAGCAGCGAGUACAGACGUUGACGAGGCUGGGAAUCAAUCUCGGUCCACAACAAGGCAUUUUAGACAGCUAUACCCGUUGUCCUACCCUAGCUCGGACGACGAGGAUUAUCCUCUGAGCACGCCCUCAUCCCUGCAGAUACUCCCCACCCGAGAAAAGCCCCUUUUGUUCUUUGACCUCAGUCCUGCCAUGCCGGAGGUAAUAGAUAAAACAAUACCUGACUUCGUUUCAGGUAGCCAAGUGCCUGCUGGUGCCGCAAGCUCUUCCAUCCGCCACCUAACAUGGGGCUUUUUGGAAAAAGAGGACUCCGUUGGAGUGGAAUUGGAAGACGAUCCCAUCAUUAGAGCAUUCGCAGCUGCACAAGAUGACGGUUUCCCGCGGAAGAGCGGGGGGGCACUUGGCUGGGUGAAAAAUAUCGAUGCACGCAUUAGGAACCAUCAUCGCACACCUUCAUCAUCAACGCCAGAAUCAGUUCAUCAGGACCAGCACACUCGACCACAGCCACCUAAUCUGUCAACUAGCGGUCCUCUCGUGGGAUCCCGUGAUAAUAAACCUCUUGUCAGCGCACUGAAACGGGCAAUGAGGCUAUUCAAACCUUCCAGCGACUCUACAGACACCCAAUUACGCCCACCGUGCCCUGGAGCGUUGAUUACUACUACUAUUACUACUACAGACACCCCAUCCAUUACGAAACAGGCGCAGACAGCGACCAACCCUGAUAUAAUUAUUAGAGAAAGACCUCCUGCUAGGGCUAUAGCGUUCGACCCCCAGGUUCGCUUCCUUGAAACAUGGUCAGAUAAGGAGUAUGAUCGACGGGGAGAUAUAUGCACCGCUAAUCGACUAAAUACCCAACUUGCAGCGGAGAUAAAGAAGGAGAUGAAUGAAUUCAAAGAGGAAAUGGAGGUCCAUGAAAUGUCGAAGGAAUAUACCCACUUUUUCUGA